GGCCUGCUCGCUGCACCAGCGAACGGGCGGCGCGCGGAGGGAGCGUCCGAUCUCCGCCGCCAGCCUCCAGCAGCGGGGCGCGCGGAGCGCGCCACGGUUGGGAAGGUGGCUGUUCUGCCAUCGCCCUCACGGGGUUCUGCUCCAGGACCACUCCCAGGAAAACUCCGCGGCGGGGAGGCGCCCGCGACCCCGCCCCGGCCUGCGCGGGCGGUGCGCGGAGGGAGGCGCGGGCCGGCCUCCCCUUGCCCAGCCCGGGCCGGAGCCGAACGGUGCGCGGCGGCGCGGGCGGCGCGGGCGGCGGACGGCGACAGCGGCUGGCGGACCGCUCUGAUGGCGCAUGGCAAUGAGUAAGCAGACCCAGCACCAGCGGACAAGGAUGGAGAGCCGCACCCCGGGGGGCCAAAAGUAAUGCCCACCCAGCCCUGCGUAGAAUGACUGCCCUAGGAGGGUGGUUCCCUGGGCCCUGGCAGGCCUGCUGACCCUCAGCCUGCAAAUUGCUAAGAACACAAGGACUCGAGACUCUUCUUGUGGAGGGUCCCCUGCCCCGCAGCUCCACCAUGAGGCUCCUCGUGGCCCCCCUCUUGCUAGCUUGGGUGGCUGGUGCCACUGCCGCUGUGCCCGUGGUACCUUGGCGUGUGCCCUGCCCGCCUCAGUGUGCCUGCCAGAUCCGGCCCUGGUAUACACCCCGAUCGUCCUACCGCGAGGCCACCACUGUGGACUGCAAUGACCUAUUUCUGACGGCUGUACCCCCGGCGUUGCCUGCCGGCACGCAGACCCUGCUGCUACAGAGCAACAGCAUCGUCCGCGUGGACCAGGGUGAGCUCGGCUACCUGGCCAAUCUCACAGAGCUGGACCUGUCCCAGAACAGCUUUUCAGACACCCGAGACUGUGACUUCCGGGCCCUGCCCCAGCUGCUGAGUCUGCACCUGGAGGAGAACCAGCUGACCCGGCUAGAGGACCACAGUUUUGCAGGGCUGGCCAGCCUGCAGGAACUCUAUCUCAACCACAACCAGCUCUAUCGCAUCGCCCCCAGGGCCUUCGCUGGCCUCAGCAACCUGCUGCGGCUGCACCUCAACUCCAACCUGCUGAGGGCCAUUGACAGCCGCUGGUUCGAGAUGCUGCCCAACCUGGAGAUCCUCAUGAUUGGUGGCAACAGGGUGGAUGCCAUCUUGGACAUGAACUUCCGGCCCCUGGCCAACCUGCGCAGCCUGGUGCUCGCGGGCAUGAACCUGCGGGAGAUCUCCGACUAUGCCCUGGAGGGGCUACAAAGCCUGGAGAGCCUCUCCUUCUACGACAACCGGCUGGCCCGAGUGCCCCGGCAGGCGCUGGAGCAGGUGCCCGGGCUCAAGUUCCUAGACCUGAACAAGAACCCGCUCCAGCGAGUGGGGCCCGGGGACUUUGCCAACAUGCUGCACCUCAAGGAGCUGGGGCUGAACAACAUGGAGGAGCUGGUUUCCAUCGAUAAGUUUGCCCUGGUCAACCUCCCUGAGCUGACCAAGCUGGACAUCACCAACAACCCCCGGCUGUCCUUCAUCCACCCCCGCGCCUUCCACCACCUGCCCCAGAUGGAGACCCUCAUGCUCAACAACAACGCUCUCAGUGCCUUGCACCAGCAGACAGUGGAGUCCCUGCCUAACCUGCAGGAGGUGGGUCUCCAUGGCAACCCCAUCCGCUGUGACUGCGUCAUCCGCUGGGCCAAUGCCACGGGCACCCGCGUCCGCUUCAUCGAGCCUCAGUCCACGCUGUGCGCCGAACCACCAGACCUCCAGCGCCGCCCAGUGCGGGAGGUGCCCUUCCGGGAGAUGACGGACCACUGCCUGCCCCUCAUCUCCCCCCGCAGCUUCCCCUCCAGCCUCCAGGUGGCCAGUGGAGAGAGCCUGGUGCUGCACUGCCGGGCGCUGGCUGAACCGGAACCUGAGAUCUACUGGGUCACUCCAGCAGGGGUUCGACUGACGGCUGCCCGGGCAGGCAGGAAGUACCGGGUGUACCCCGAGGGGACCCUGGAGCUACGGAGGGUGACAGUGGAAGAGGCAGGGCUGUACACUUGUGUGGCCCAGAACCUGGUAGGGGCUGACACUAAGACGGUUAGUGUGGUUGUUGGCCGGGCUCCCCUGCAGCCGGGCAGAGACAAGGGAUGGGGGCUGGAGCUCCAGGUGCAGGAGACCCACCCCUAUCAUAUCCUGCUGUCUUGGGUCUCCCCGCCCAACACAGUCUCCACCAACCUCACCUGGUCCAGCACCUCUGCCCUCCGGGGCCACGGGGCCACUGCUCUGGCCCGCCUGCCACGGGGUACCCACAGCUAUAACAUCACCCGCCUCCUUCAGGCCACGGAGUACUGGGCCUGCCUGCAAGUGGCCUUUGCUGAUGCCCACACCCAGCUGGCAUGUGUAUGGGCCAGGACUAAAGAGGCCACUCCUUGUCACAGAGCCUUAGGGGACCGACCUGGGCUCAUAGCCGUCCUGGCUCUCGCCAUCCUCCUGCUGGCAGCCGGGCUGGCGGCCCACCUUGGCACUGGCCAGCCCAGGCAGGGAGUGUCUGGGAGACCUCUCCUUCCAGCCUGGGCUUUCUGGGGCUGGAGUGCCUCCUCAGUCCGGGUGGUGUCAGCCCCACUGGUCCUGCACUGGAAUCCUGGGAGGAAGCCACCCAGGUCCUCAGAGGGGGAGACACUGUCACCACCAUUGUCACAAAACUCCUGAAGCCCAGCUUGUUCUCAGCAGUAGAGAAGUAACUAGGAUGACUUUUACCAAAAGGGAAGCAUUCUGGGCCAGAUGCCCUGCCAGGAAAGUAACAUGGACCCACGUGCUUGAGGCCUGGCAGCUGGACCAAGACAGCUGGCUUUGUGGCUCCUGGGGGCGCUCUGCAGCCUCUAGAAAGGCACCCUUACCUCCUGGGGCUCCUCCGAUGCCUUUCAGAGGAACAUCUCCAAGGAACAGGAAGGACUCUGGCUAGAGCCUCCCACCUCCCCAGUUGUCUGUGUGCUCAGAGGCUCCUGGGCCCCUGCCUGGAUGUCCCCUGCCCGUGUCCCCAGGCCCUUGGCCCACAGGAUGCACCCCUCCGCUUCUCUGUCUCUGUACAGUCUCAGUUGCUUGCUCUUUCCCCUCCUGGGCAAGGGCUGAAGGAGGCCACUCCUCUGUUCCUUGGGGGCUGCUCCCAAAGCGGAUCCCCAGCUGGAUCUCAAGGACGUUUGGGAGAGGGAUGCCCAGGAACGCUCUGAGGUUGACUUUCUAUAGGCCAUUUUGUACCUUCGUGGAGAAAUGUGUCACCUCCCCCCAACCCAAUUCACUCUUUUCUCCUAUUUUGUAAAAAAUAAAAAUAAAUAAGAUAACAAUAAUAAGGGGAGGGAAGG